UCUCAUGAGUGUGAGGAGCGUCUGCAGAGCUGCCAGUUCUGCGAGCUGGAGCUGCCGUGGAAGGAGCUGGACGAACACUGUCUGGUGUGCGGGAGUCGCACUGAGCUCUGCAGAGACUGCGGCCGCUACGUCACCCUGAGGGACCGGCCCGAGCACGACUUGACCUGCUCAGCUGCUGACAACAGCUCCGGUCCUCUUAAAACUAACAGCAAACUGUCACUGAACAAAACAAAAAUAACAGCGACUUGUAGUCGAUGUAUGGAAUCAUUUCCAGCUGAGGAUCUGGAACUACAUGAGCUGGAGUGUGUUCCAGCUACCAGGUUGGACAAAGAGGAGGCUGCACCACAGGAGAAACAGAGCGAGGAAGAUUUCUCCACUUCUGCACUAAGCAGAGCCUACAAGGCAAUUUCCCUGUCACACAGACCCGGCAGGGGCCCCUGGGGUGAUGGAGGUGACCCAGACCAGAUCAGCACCUGCCCCCACUGUCACCUGGCCCUGCCCCUCUUCACACUGCGCUGGCAUGAGGUGAAGUGCCAAAUCCACAUUCGCUUAAAAUAAUGAGCGAGCUCCUCAGAAUGGAUAAACUGUAUCAGAGAUGUUUGAUCAAUUAAGUCUUGGAAGAGGACUAUUUCACUGUUGGCCUCCUUUAGGUUUUUCAUUAUUUUGGAAAGAAGGUUUGCAUUUUAUUUUUAGCUUUAUUUUUAGUUAGUGGGUCCAUGACUUUGUGAAAGUGGUUCUGAAUAGUUCUCUGUAUCUACCAGACACAUCUGAUAACUUUUGUUAAAUGCAAACACAGCUUGUAAACUGUAAUGCUUGUUGCGUCUGUCUAAACUGGUGAAAACAAUGUUUGAGUCAGCAGCAUCAUACUGAGCAGUUUUUACCGGAGUUAAUGUAAAAACGGAUCAGGUGCUGCUAUUUUCUAUCAUAAAAUGGUUUAUCCGUCAAAGUCUGAGAUGCACUCGUUUCUAAUGCAUACGAACAAACUGCACAAGUUCCUGUGACGGAGUGACAUUAUUUUACAAGGUGAAAGCGCUUGAAUUUUCUUUGUCAUUGUGUAUGAAGAGUCUAAAUAAAUAAAUAAUAAUAAGCAUGACACCAUAUCUUGUU